CAGAGUAGAAGGAGAAGAAAGGAAAAGUAAGACUGACGACGGCACGAGUGACAAUUCUGAGGUGUAUCGCUUGCAAAAGGCUUGAGGUGGCAUAAGAGGAGAAGGAUCGGUAGAUUCGGACUAGGAGAAAGUUUCCAAGUUGUUGCUGUACUAUUAACUUGGAAACGUCACGCAGCAAACGCAGCGAACACGAACAACGCGAUGGUGGAAGUUCUGGUGGAACCAUGUGGCCAAGAAGCGAGAGUAUUGGAUAAUGGUUGCAAAUUGAACGACAAUCCGACGGAACAUUUGGUUCAAAGUGAUCGUUGCGAUUUGAUUUUGGAACAGUCGAAUCUCAGCCCGAUUCAACAGUUCUACAAUGGGCAAAGCAUCUUCAUCACUGGCGGUACUGGAUUCGUCGGCAAACUUUUAAUAGAGAAGCUUCUCCGAGAAUGUCCUGGGAUCUCGUUCAUCUAUUUGUUGGUACGUCCGAAGAAAGGGAAAGAUAUGCAUCAACGUAUCGAGGAAAUCUUUGACGAUCCGCUCUUUGACAAAGUAAAAGAGAAGCGACCAAAAUUUCGGCAUCAAAUCGUUGCUAUAGCCGGAGAUUGCGGUCAGCCAGGUCUUGGGAUAUCUCCCGCGGACAGGCAAACGAUUACGAGAGAAGUCUCAAUCGUCUUUCAUGUUGCGGCAACGGUCAGAUUUGACGAGAAGAUGAAACUUGCCGUACCCAUUAAUGUUCGUAGUCCAAAAGAUGUAAUGGAUCUUUGUAGGGAAAUUUCAUAUUUAAAGGCGUUCAUCCACGUAUCGACAGCAUAUGCCAAUUGUACGCGAACUCAUAUCGAAGAAAAGGUGUACGAAGCACCGAUUGACGGAGACAAGUUGGCAACUAUCGUUGAAUAUAUGGAUGAGAAAUUGAUCGAGGAAAUAACUCCACGAUUAUUAGGUGCAUGGCCGAACACGUACACAUACACAAAAGCAGUAGCAGAAGGUAUCAUUGUGAAACAGGCCGGUGAUUUGCCUGUUGGAAUAUUUCGUCCCGGUAUUGUGAUAUCAACAUACCAAGAACCGGUGCGAGGAUGGAUCGACAACUUGUACGGACCAACAGGUGUUGCAGCUGGGGCUGGUACCGGGGUCUUACGAUCGAUUCAUUGCGAUGGAUCCAUAGAAGCCAAUGUUGUUCCUGGAGAUUUAACAGUAAAUGCCUUAAUAGCUUGCGCGUGGGAUGUCGCGAAUCGUCGAAAAUCUGCAACUACCAAAGAAAGGGAAAAUGACAUACCCGUUUACAAUUAUGUUUCAAAAGAUAAUCCUAUAACAUACGAUCAAUUGAAACUUUUAUCCGAAAAAUACGGGCUUGAGUUUCCCACUAGCAGAGCCAUAUGGUACUAUAGUUUCCGAAAUAACAAACAUAGGAUAAUUCAUCUUAUGUAUGUUUACUUGUUACAUUUAUUACCGGCACUCUUGAUCGACACCGUCACGCUCUGUUUGGGAAAACAACCGAGGAUGUUAAAAAUCUAUAAAAAGAUACACAAAUUUAUGGAUGUACUUAACUACUUUUCUAUCCACGAAUGGAAGUUUUCGAAUGAUAAUAUUAAGGAGUUACUAAAUAAGAUGACAGAGGAAGACCGUGAAAAUUUUGCAUGCGAUAUCACCGAUAUUGACUGGGACCAAUAUUUUCGGACAUAUAUACGUGGAAUUCGUAUGUAUCUGAUAAAAGAUCCGCUAGACACUCUUCCAAAAGCACGUAUCAAGUGGCAAAGAUUAUACUGGACUCAUCAAGUGGUAAAACUAAUCCUCGGUUAUGCUCUAUUGCGAAUAUGUUGGUUAACUUUAUCUCUUCUUUUUCGAAAUUGUAUACCUCAAUUUGCGUAACAAAUAUGCUUUACGUGUGUGAUGAGAGGAAAUAAACGCGCGGUAAUGCACGCGGUAAUGCGCGUCAGAUACACAUAAAUAUGACUUCGUUCGAAGUUCGAAGUUGGUUCAGAAUUAAGUGUCGUUCUUGAAUCAAGUUCAUCGAGAUGAUCUUGGUCUCGUGUUUGUGAUCGAAAGUGAGGUUACCUUGCUGAUUUUCUGAACAGCUCGGAAGAAUAGAGAAGGAAGCAGAGAAGAAGGAAGAACAUAGUGGAAAACUGACCAAAGUACUAUAUAGUUCUAUCGCCGCGUAUUCGCGUUUAUUCGAUUCGAGAUGAUCAUAAAACCACCACUUAGUAACUCCAACUUAAUAUGUAUGAACCGCGUUCGAGAAGUUUGUAAGGAAAUGAUGAAAU